AUGGUCCUCAGCAGUGAUACAUCAUCAUCAGAGGUCUAUCCUAUGCUCAGUGCAGACCAGGAGUGGAGCGAUUUUGCACGGCGGGCAUUCCAGGCCUGCUGCAGAGCUGCGGCAGCUGCUGUUCAGUUGGUGAGGCACUGCUAUGCUGGUAGCAAGCCAGGUUGGAGGCCUGGUGGCGAGUAUGUGAUCCACAGAGCAAACCCCCGGCUCGACGUCUACCUGGCAGAACUUGACAGUGGUGAACAAACUGUGCCGAUGUUGGACAUUUGUCUUGCUCACGGACAGCUAAAAGCACUGUUCGGCGCGGCAGCCGCCCAUCGACGUAGAUGUCACGACAGCCAGUUUCUUCGCGGCAAUUUACAGAUCGUCGAAGACAGAGCUCAGAUCUUCCGAUUGAAAAUCAACGAGGAGAUGGCAGAAAUAUCCAGGAGACAGAAGAUUCUGAGAGAAGUGAGACGCCUUCAUCUGUUCUGUAAGGCAGUAGGACUAGUGCCCUUCAGCAUAGACAUGGAGAACGUCAAGCUGGACAUGAAGGCAACAGAUAUUGUUUAUGCCCUGGCCAUCUUCAUAUGCCUUGUGAGCACACUAGUUCCAUUAGUGCUAACCUGGAUGGGAGUCCAUAUGCAUGGUCUUCCAGCUGCUGUGUACUUAAAUGCAAUCUCUUCGUUUGUAUUCUUAUUCAUCAACAUCAUUGUAGUAUUAUUAGAAAUGUUAGUCAAUACUUCCAGAUACAGGAAAAUGGUCCUUCUACUUGGCAACUGUGAUCGGGAGUUUUCGCAAUCACAGAUUGGUGCUGUUGACAGAAUGAGCAUUGGGUGGAUUGUGGGACCACUUAUCAAUAUCACUGUCUCAAGCAUGCAACUUGUUAUCAUUGCCAUAAAAAUGAAAUCUGUGAAUACAUUGCAAUUGAUGCUGGCCUACAUAGUGAACACAUUGGUAACAUCAGGAAAUCUCUUCAAAUUUUAUUUUUUGCUGUUGAUGGCAAGACAGAGAAUAAUUACACUCAACAAUGGCUUGUUCAGUAUGAGUAUGCGGCAGUAUGGCAGGAAAAGACUCACUGAAGGCAGCUCUAAGAGAGAGUGUUUUACCGUUCUCAGUCAAGUGGCUAAUGAUGUUGAUGAGGUUCACUUCUGCCAAAGUAUAAGAUCCCUCAGGCGAGGAUUCGAGGCACUCUGCAGCCUCUCGGACGAAAUAUUUUCGGCGCACAAGGUGUUCUUGGCACUGUUGCUGCCUACACUGUUUAUGGAAUCGGUGUGCACCGUUUUCCUUACGUGCAAGCGCCUGAAAUACGGGGAUAAUUUCCAGACAACGGAACACACGUGGGGUGCCCACUUCGUGCAAGUCACCCAGUUCCUGCUGGUGCUGCUCCCAGCCCACAUGACGAUUCGGCAGUUGGAAGACACAUCUACUGCCGUAUUCCAUGUGCUGCUGCAAACACCAUCAGGCAGCAGACCCGAAGCCGAGCUGAAGCUCUUUGACCUCCAAGUGCAGCGCCGCAGCCCCAGGUUUAGCAUCUUUGGAGUCGCCACGCUGGACUUCCGGCUACUGACGACCUUUGUGUCAGCUCUCACCACCUAUGUUGUCAUUCUUUUCUCGUUGUAG